GUCCGGGCUGUUCUGCCUGCCGUCCUCCUUCCCGAAGCCCGAGGAGCCUCCCGCCGCUGCCUGCGCCGUUCCUGCUGCCGGGGAUCCCACGCGUGGUGAGACGCAGCCGCAGCCCGGGGACGAGCAGGUGCCGCCGCUGCUGCCCGCGCCACCCGGCAGCCUGCCGCCCUACCCGCCCUACUUCGAGGGAGCGCCCUUCCCGCGCCCGCUGUGGCUGCGGCACACCUACAGCCAGUGGGUUCCGCAGCCGCCGCCGCGGACCAUCAAGAGGACACGGCGGCGCUUGUCGCGGAACAGAGACCCGGGGCGGCUGAUCAUGAGCACCAUCAGGCUGCGGCCUAGGCAGGUGCUCUGUGAGAAGUGUAAAAACACUCUGAACCCCGAGGACGAGAGCACGGCGGGGCAGAACGCGAAAACGAGGAGGAAGCUGAGCAUUCAGGACAAGGAACAGAAAAAGCACGGCGACUCCGACUGCCUGGAGAAAAGGAACAAAAGAGAGAAGAGAGAGGAUGACAAAUUUUCUGGGGAGCUGGUGCAUCGGACACCCGUUAUCAAAAUAUCCUACAGCACGCCGCAAGGGAAGGGCGAGGUUGUGAAGAUCCCCUCCCGAGUGCACGGCUCGGUGAAACCGUUCUGUGCUGAACGGCUGGUGCAGAACGGGGAGGAGGACCGGGAGGAGGUCGGGGACGCUGAGCAGUGUCGAGAAACCAAAUGCUUAACAGACAAGGCAGCGGGCGGCCAGCUUGCUUCCAUUCCCAAACUGAAGCUGACGCGGCCGGCGCAUCCCAGUGCGGAUGUCCCACCUCCAAAGAUACGGCUGAAGCCCCAUCGCAUCAACGAUGGUCAGAGUGUUUCCAUUUAUAAGGCAGAACUGAUCGAUGAGAUAAACGUCCUUCAGAACAGCGGGGAGACCAAUCCUGGUGCGUUUUACACCAAUGAUUCGGCAGACAGAGGUUUGGCUGAGAUCUCUUCGGGGAGUUCGGGUGAAGACGAUGACUUUAAAAGGUUUUCCCAAGGUAAAGACGGACACGAUAACUUGGCUUUCCUCAUGAAUUACCGGAAAAGAAAAGCAGAUUCUUCUAGUUUGUCGGUGUGUAGUAAUGACAGUCUAGACGAAUCCAAGUCUUCUAGUUCGGAGGUAACAUCACCAGAAAUGUGUGACUUUUUGCCUGGUGAUGAUGCAUCAGUCUCUUCAUCUUCAAAAGAUGAGCGUAAAAUUGUGCCGCCCUUGACGGUUAGGCUGCAUACCCAAAGCGUGUCCAAAUGUGUCACCGAAGACGGCAGAACUGUAUCAGUGGGGGAUAUUGUUUGGGGUAAAAUUCAUGGAUUUCCAUGGUGGCCAGCACGUGUUCUUGAUAUAAACCUUAGCCAGAAGGAAAAUGGGGAACCUUCGUGGCGAGAAGCCAAAGUUUCAUGGUUUGGUUCUCCAACGACUUCAUUCUUAUCUGUUUCAAAACUUUCUCCUUUCUCUGAAUUUUUCAAACUGAGAUUUAAUCGCAAGAAGAAAGGGAUGUAUCGGAAAGCUAUCACGGAGGCUGCGAAGGCGGUGGAGCACCUGACUCCAGAAAUAAGAGAUCUCUUAACACAGUUUGAAACAUAACUGUGCCGCCAGCAUCAGGUAACAGAAGAUAAGAGCACAGCUGUUCUCCUAGAGUGUCACGAAGUCUGUACACAUCCUGACAUGCUCCCCAGGAGAAGCGGGAGGUUGCCAUGCACGUGACAGGAGGACGGGUUUCCUUGUCAGCUUGCACUGCUUAUCAUCUGGGAGAGGUGACAGUCACUGGGACAUGGAGCUAGGAGGCUCUUCUGGUGUGAGGCUGGCAGGAAAGACAAGGAUUUCUUAAACUAGGAUGAGAAUGUGACAAGUCAUACAGCAAUGAACUAGGAGAACAGCAAAAAACACAACUUGGAAUGUAUUUAUUACGUAAAAGUUAGCUAUUCUUGAUAAAAUCCCCAAAAUUAUGCUGCUGCUUAUUUUACUUACAGAUUUCACACACUUCUAAUUUUAAAGCUACCAAACAUUUACUCCAUUAUGUACUCUGAGAAAUGUAAUUGGAGCAAGACAUACAAGAGAAUGAAAUCAUUGUAGUGUCUUAAGUACAAUGGACUCACUUUUGUGUCUAUUAAAACUUGGAAAAUGUGCAACACGUAACAAUGUGGCUGUCAUUGCAUAUGUUAAAGCUUUUUAAUGUCAUUUGCUGCAGAGCAGAGAGAACUGACGUUUUCAAGUACGUGAACAAGUAAUCAACGGGUAACUUGGAUGGUUGUGUGUCCUGAGAGUGCUCUGAAGUCACCUGAAGCAGUGGGCAACACAGCCUUGGUCUGCUUGCACUAUGUGCAUGGAGGUGAGUGGUUAGCCUGGUGGCACCAACUGGAGAACAAGCUAACUUGUGUGUCCACACCUCCUAGUCAGUGAGUGUAACAUAAGGCCUCUUAAACACAUGCCGUUGGAUAGAAGAGAUCCUCACCCUCACACAUUACCAGAAGUGACUGGCAAUCUUUAAGGAAAACAAAGAAAACAAGCAGCCUAUCCACCCUACAAUAGAAAUGGUUUACAAACUAAAGUGACCCGUGAUCAAACUUUUGAAACUAUAUCACUUAAUUCCUUUUGGUCUGCAGUUGUCUAGCUUUCCACUGGAUACCCUCAGUCUAGGAAUUUGAUAAUGUGUUGCUUCUGGUGCUUGGAGAAGAGUUCAGAGUUGCCCCUGCUAGGUUAAACGUCAUCUGCGUGUGCUAGAAGAUUAACUUCUAGUUGAAGAACCAUUGCACAGAUUUUGCUUCCUGUUUCUUCUUAAUCUGUUGCAGCAAAUACUGUGAUGAACUGUUGUCAAAUUCAAAGAACGAGUGGAAAGGAAAACAUAGAAGCUUGUGUUUUCUUGAUUCAUGCUGGUUAUAAUGUGGUAUUUUGAACGUCAGCAAGAGAGAUCAGAACUUCCCCUUUCUGCUUAACAACAACAAAGUUUAACAUGAAAAGUCCAACACCAAAAAAUCCCUUCUGCUCAGUCUCGAUAAGAGCAUACAGUCAGUCAAAAGCGUUUCCCUUAAAACUGUUGGAAGGCUGCGGUAAACACGCAAACUAAAAUGCAUUGCUAAAAUAGGACAUCUGUCUCCCAAGGCCAAUUUUGGCUACCUCUGCAAACAAAUAAUUUUCCUGUUUUCCAGAAAUAAAUGUAAAAAAAAGACAGCAGUGUAUAGAGAAGGAAUGUGUUCCUGCACCUUGUGUACAGCCUUUAAGAAACAGUUGUUUACCUGGGCAUCUGCUGUGUCCAUCUCCAAAACAGAAUGUGUAGCUGGCAAGGAUACUCUGUGCACUGAGUGCUCUCACUCAUGGGAAAAACAGUUUGGCCUUUAUCAAUCCAUCUGUCUUCAGGAAUUUCUGUGUUUUUUUUCUUUUUUCUUUUUUUUUUUUCCUAGCAUCCUCUGAAGCUUAGGGUUAGCUGAUGGCUAUGUGAAGUAGUUUCUGUGUUUGCUGCUCACACAGUUCUUCAUUGUACAAAUUCCCUGCCAAGAUGUGUUGCAAAGCUUUCUGGCUGCAGAGUGAUGGCAGUUAGCUGAUGGGAGUUACAGAUAGCCUGCUGGUCGUUUAAAAAAAAAAAAAAGGCAAAAUGAAAAGAAGCAAAACCCCCACGCUCAGGAAAAGUGCCUACCUGGAGCUGCUACGGUCUGCACAUGGGUGCCAGCUGCCCCCAGGCACAGUUCAAGGGUGCCCCACCUCCUGGGUCUCGCUCCCUGUUGGUUUGAGUUCUGAGGCCUCGUGCUCAGUGCCACGUUUCUUCUUCAUCCUUGUGUCAGUGCUGCGAGCAACAUGGAACAGAUGGGGAAGCUGGCUCUGAUGAACACAGCAGGUGACCCGGCUUAGCAGCACCUGUGUCUUGGUGAGCUGUGGGAUACCCCCAUGACGGUGCCAUCUGGGCUUGGGCUGGUGGUCUCCUGUCACUGGCUGCUAGCUUGCCCACCCGGCUGUGUGCUGGUCCCUGUGUGGGAAGACUGCAGGGCCUCCACCUGAGAGCCCCCCCUCCCCAAGAAGCAGAUGCCUGACACAGCUUGAUCACAGCUCCCCGUGCUGACGCUGCCUUUCCCUCGGCCCUGUCCGCCUGCAGUGUGGUCGUGGUGCCAGCUGCUUCAUGGUCCCCAGGAGCAUUCUGUUGGAGCCAGGUGGAGCCCAGGCAGCGAGCAGCAGGUCGGCUUUGUGGGCGCCUCUGUGGCCCACUGACAGCGGCUGUGGCUGUGAAUCCUGCCUGAAAUCCAGAAGCUUCUCAUUUCUUGGGUAAAAGCCCUUCUGUAAUGAAUGAUCACCGCUGUGGGGAACCUCAGGCUGCUCUGGGUUCCUCAUUCUCAGAUGCCAUUAUUUUACCAUACAAGUGCCAAAGAGCAACUAUUAAUUAUUGAAUUAUGCUUUAGGAGAGGCAUUAGGGAAUGUGAUUCCUGUCUUGCCUCUCAGGCUGAGGAAUAAUUGCUCUACCCAUUAGGCACUCCCCUGGGAUUCUCCUGUGCAUUUCCAUUAGCUGCAGCUGGAGGACAAUCACCAGCUCCAUGGGAGCCCCGUUCCCCUCCCGCUGUGACUGCAGGGGCUCUGGCCCGGCUGUAUGGGACCCAGGGGCACUGCCCGUGGGACUGCAGUCACUUGUGCCACGGAAACAUGAGCUUGUCCCUCACAGUGCUGCAAUGUGUCCUGCUGGGAAAUUAAUCAGAGGAAAUGUGGAGGCAGUGACCUCGGUAUGCAACGCAGGAUGAAUCACAGUUACUGACAGAGGCGUCUCCAUGCCACCGUGAUUUUGGGAGAAGCGUGUCCCUGUACUCAGACCAGGAAAAGCACAGAGAUGGCCAGCGUGGCCCAGAGCUGAUCUCAGAGGUCUUUUCCAACCUGAAGGAUUCUGUGAUUCCAGUUAAGGUUUUACCAGAAGUAUUUUUUUGUCAUCUCUGUAAAGCACCUCAGCUGCACAGCCCACAGCACCCUGCAACCGGAGUGCAUUGCCUUAUAUUAAGUGUUGUUGCCAUUCAAGGUGCCAUUUCAAAAAGCAGAUUUCCACACUGAAAAAUGCAAAUUUCAUUUCUUGUGGAAGACAGCUAAUGAAUGCUCCUCAGCAGUUACCCUUGUUAAUAGCUCUAUAAUUCUCUAAUGAAUAUUUAUGAGUGGUUAGCUGGAAGCAACAUACCUUGGUGAGUACGGACAGAUAUUUCGUAUGGAUUGUGCUUGAAAUUAAAAUAAUGGUAAUUUUUUUGGUGAAGAGUGCAGGGAAACAGUGGAACAGAAUGCAAAUAGCCACAGGUGCAGCGUUUUUGUUCAUUGAUGGCAGCUGUGCAUGAUUCAGAGGCUCCUGCCAGGAAAGGCGUGCUGGGAUCCCGCAUGGAGCCCUGCAGCAUGGUGUUUGCAGGGUUACGUCCUGUGUGUACCCAGCGGUCUGUAGCAAUCUCCUUAUUAGUGCUAUAGCCAUUUAUCAUAAGAGCUUUGACUCCUGUCUGCUUGUCUUUGUAUGUGCACAGACUGCAAUGACUGUUUCUGACCAAUAACAAAAAAAAAGCAAGGAAACACCAUGCCCUGCUUGUGCAGUGAGACACGUGGCGAGCUGCAGCAGAGUGCUGUGCACAUGCCCGUGUCCAGCAGAGCUCCAGCGCGCCCCGUCCCCGCGCACAGCGGCAGCGCGGUGCAGGAGCUGCUCGUCCCGCUGCGGGGGUUGCCUGGCUGCUGUAGCUCGGGCUGCUCACCCUGCGAAGCUUCCUUGUGAGCGUGGUGCUAAACCCUUUGCUGCUUCACAGUCUGUUGUCAUAAAGGCAGCCCUCAUUCUUCCAAAAUGUGAAACACCCAACAGAAGCCCACCCUGCCUCUCCUCCCUGUAGGAUGUAUGUGCUGCCCAGCUGUUAGCAGAGAUCAGAACUUGGUGCCACCAGAAGUUGAAAUCCUGAGGCAGCAACCGGCGAGCGGGGUCUGGGCCAAAGGAACAAGGCGAAUCGCUGUGCAGGGACGCACCCGGCCUCUGGCACAGACGGACAGAGAACUCCCAGUGUCAUGGCAGAGAGCUUCCCCCAGCCACACUCAGUCAGGAAAAAGGAACAGCUAUCACACAGCACUCCAGUUUUCUUGUUCCUUCUGCAUUUGAGUCCAAAGAAAGCAAAUAGAGAGUUUGGGAAGAGAACCAUCAAAUAAAUGUAGUGCUGCUUGGUGAAAGGCAGCAGGGUAAGCUCGUCUGGGGAAGGAUUUAAGUUCUGUCACCGGGCACUUCAUGAAGUGGUAGAAAAGCUUACCUGAGGGGCUUGUCAUCCCCUUGCCAUGGGAGCCUGGAGGGUGGGAGGGGGCUGGGAGCAGGGAAGGGGGGAGCAACCAGACAGAAGGACCUGGGAGCUGAUGGGUGUGCCUGGGGGAGGACAGGGCCACGCACAGCUGGCACGAGUGGGUGUGGGGGUGUGACACCAGGGGUACCUGGCACUGGGUGUGACACUGGGGGGUACCUGGCACUGGGUGUGACACCGGGGGGUACCUGGCACUGAGUGUGACACUGGCUGACACCUGGCACUGGGUGUGACAUCAUGUGGCACCUCCAGAGGGAGGCUGCAGACCCCCUGCUACAGUGCUUUGUUCCAGAACGUUCUGGAAUUGUCCGUGUAUCAGAAUACUUUAUUCUUUACCCUUUGGGACUUGGCAAUAUAGCGCUUUGCAAGUGAAAAGCCACUGUUUGCAAACAAGUGCUGCACAGUUUGUAGUCACUGCCUGGUAUUAAUCUGCAUCGUUAGAUGUUCCUAGUCAAUACAAGUUAAGUUUCCAAUAGGGUUUGAUUAAGCAGAGCCCGGACAGUGCUUUCACUGAAUUUCGGAUGGCAUUCACUCUGGCAGCACCACCCAUUCCCUGCAGUUGCUUUUCACACACGGGAUGUGGUGGAGAGCUGUGGGAUUGCUGCUCUCCAGAUGCAGACAGCAUGAGUAAUUUGUUACCUCUCGUUCAGCUCCUGUGUAGUCACCAUUACAGUCAGAAGCAACAUCUCUCCCUGAAAUUGUUUCAGCUGGAGGGUGCAGCUUUCCCUAAAUUGUGCUUCUGAAAUGAUAUUUUGAAGUGAAAGAUUUCAAAUCAGUAUUUGAAUUUGAGACUUCAGAAUGCCAGGAUAGCUCCUUAGCUGUUUUUUGACCUCAGGCCUUGUGAAGCUGCUCAGUGCCCCAGCUUCUCACCUGACUUUGCAUAAAUCAAGUGUCAAAUUAAUAACAUUUCCCACAGCAAAUUCCAUUAACAUUUCCUCCUGGUGGCAAGAAGCAACUUCUGCCAGUGCCACCUGUACCCCCUGCCCUGUGUCCUCUCUGUGUGGCUCCUGGUGUCAGGACUCAAGAAGAGGAGUCCACUUGUGGCUUGGCUAAUGUGCAGAGCACAGUCUGACUGGCUCUGCUCAAUGUGGUGCUGCUGAACUAACACUGCAAGAGGAACCUGAUCCCUACAGUAUUAACAAAUUUAUUAAAGUCAGCAAUGCAACAAGAAAAUAGAGAUUGCAUUUUACGUGGACUGAACUCACCUCAGCAUGUUACGAAAAGGUAAGGAAUGGCAUCUGCAGUUGCAUUAGUUAAAACGAUAAUAACAAUUGUGGAUGUUCCUGCUUUGGGUCAGUAGCUGCCCACUGAGCCUGAGCAGGGGAUCCCUCACCUGACAGGGGCGGAUGAGGAGUUUGGCUGAGAUGUAGCAUUGAUAAACCGUGUGACAAAGUCCCUGUAAAAGCGAGUUCACAAUGCCCUGCAGCAUUUGGCAGACAGCUGCAGUGCAUCUGCAGCACAGCUGCUCUGGGCCGUGCAAGUGUCCCCUGCAGCCGCUGCAGCACGGAGCUGACCCACGCCCAGUGUGCAGCCGUUCUGCUGCCAAGUGGUCUUUGUCUGCGUCUGCUAUGUGUGCUUAUUCCAGGGGACUGCUUCCUGUGCUGCACGGACAGGAGGAUUUCCUUGUUGAAAUGUCACCGUAAUAAACAGCUGCAUAAUAUUUAUGGCAGCUUUGCUGCGCUUUAACUCUUGUAUGGCCUUUUAGACUUCUGAUGGCUCAGUCAGGAGCUGAUGCAGUGUCAGUGCCAGGCUGCAGCUGCUGCAGUGCUGAGGUGCCCCUGGCCGCACAGCUCCUGGCUGUGGAGUACUCCUUGCUGCUCAGCCCCUGGCUGCGAGGUCCCCUGGCUGUGGAUGUCCAGUUGUGCCAUGGCCCAGGUGCAGUGUUUCAGCGCAGACUUUUUCCUUCCAGGUGGGGCAGUGCAAGAAGGAGGAGGAGGAGAGGAAGAGGAACCUCAAUGGCACGGCGAGAAGUGAUGGCAUCGAGCACCUUCUGUGGCGAUCCUAAGGGAGGCCAUGUGCAGCACGUCUCCAGAAGCAGGGAAGGCUUCCAGUGAUGCAUCCCAGGGAGCGAGGGCACUUCUUACAGCAAGGCUCAGCACUCGGUUCUGAAGCGUGCGUACGUUCUGUGCUUGGGAUGGAGCGCUUUACCUGUGAGCUCCACUGUUGAGGAGUUUACAACACGGAGGAGACCCGCUGCUGGGCUCCGUCUGCCUUGUUUAUUCACGUGCUGAAUCUCCCCAUGAAUGGCUCCACUGAUUUCUGAAGUUACUUAACAAAACCAAAAUACUUCCAAAAAUAGGAGCGCAGCUAGGCAGACUGCUGGAUCUGCGCAGGUAGGCUUUGACACAUGCUUGGCAGCUUUUGCAGAUAAGUUCAUUACACUUUACUUCAUGUUUCUGUCUGUUUCUGUUGCUUUUUUUUCACUGAAGGACUGAAUUUAUCUAAUUAAUAUUUUUUGAGCCUCAGCAAUGCAGCUGUCAUGGUUCAUAGUAUCACUGCUCAAUGUCAUUUCCUCUAAGUACAAAGGAAUCCCUCUGCAUCUUGUCCUUUACUGUGCUGGCUUUCCCUGCUCUGCAGAGCUGAAACCCUUGGAGAAUGUCAGAGGACAGCCUUGCUGCACUGGAGACUGGCACAGCACAGAGUUCUGCACACGGAGGCCAGGUGGGAGAUCUGGCUCACCGAGUGCAGGACACUGAGGAAGCGGUAACUGGCCUGCCAAGCUGUGUCCUGGGCAUUGUGCCACCUCACAGCGUGACACGGUGAUGCACGGUCACGAACGUCCCCUGGAGUGGGCGAGCACAGCUCCAGAGCUCCUCAUCCUCGUCUCCUUCAAGGCUGAGACGGUGUCGCAGCGGGUGGAUUCACCAACAGAACUGAGCCGUCUGGUGGGACCCUGCCUGUCCCGCUCUGUUAAUGGCCCUGGGACGUGGGCAGGGCACGGGCUGAGUGGAAGGAGCCCUGCUGUGAGGCUGUGCGUGCAGUCUACAACAGAGCUGUGCUGAGCAGUGCCAGGAGCACAGGAAAAAGGCAGCUGUUGUCUGCCCACCACGUACAGCGCUGCCGUCGCUGCAAGAGUCCGGGUGCUGCACGCCCCUCAGCAUCCUGCCACUGCACCGCUUGCUCUACUGCAAUAAGCGCUCACUGCAGCAGUGCUAGGGCUGAAGCGCUGCUGUCCGUGCAUCAUUCCUGCUAGAGAACAAAUCAGGAUGUGCCGACAAACUGGAACACCCUGGACGGGAAGAUUCUGGCCUGUUUCCCAGUGAGUGGCUGAGUGUCCUCGUGCAGCUCCUGGGAACAAACACCCCACCUCACAUCGCAGCCAGGUGUCAGCUUCCCUUACUGACAGCAACCACCACCAGAUCAAAGAUAUCCUGGAUUUCAGAGGUGCCUUCCCAAAGCAUGGGUUGGCGCUACCAGCACAUAACUCCAGUUCUCACCGUGGCAAAUUGCAGCUGCCUGUGUCCUCCCUGUGGGUGAGGGCCUCGCAGGGCAGCUCUCAUGAGGACUUGGGGAUGCUUUGGAGAAGAAAUCAGUGAACAGCUGCGGGUAAAUAAGGGCUCCUGUUCCACCUACUGGAUUCUGUGACGAGAAUCAGGGAAUGACACCAGGCUGUAGGUUCUAUUUUCAAAGUGGUGCAAGGAACCCUGCUUCACUGCCUUUUCUGUUAGUCCUUUUUAAGAGAGCAGAAAUCACGUAGCUUUGGUGAAGGACUGAGCCGGUUGUUAGAGGAUUUCAUCACCAGUGGGAAGAUCUGCAGAGGAAGAAGAAAUGUCACUGAGCUCCCUGCAGCAUUUGUCAUGCAGGGGGUGGGCACAGUCAGCCCUCGGGACGAAAGCCCGCAUCAGAAUGUGCUGCCUCUGCGUUUUGGCACUGUAGGAUGCUCAGUAUAUAAGCUGUCACUGUCAUGAAAUGCAUUCCCACCCUUUUCAGUCCCAGCAGCCCCAUCACAGCCAUGAGCCGGGCGCGCUGAGCAGCCCCUGUGCUGUGGGAGCUGCCAGCAGCGGUCACCUCCAGGACGAGCACAGCAAGUCCCAGGGAUGUGAGCGCAGGGCAGCCCCAGCACAGGGUCAGACGGGGCCACCAGGCCCCUGCCCUCUGCCUCAGCCCCACCUCACCCAGCACCCCCAGGGCCCCACACCGUGUUGCUCCUGGGGCAAUCUGUCACUGCCUUUGGGCCUGAUCUCCUUGCUGCUUGCAUGCACACAGAUGAAUCACGACCAGGCAGACAAAGCCCAAAUCCAUUUUGCUGCAACCUGGUGCAUCCAUAUGCUGAUCAUUAACCAUUAUAAAUGCUUUUUUUGUGAGAUUCCAAGCAAUAACAAGUCCUGUUCUAAAAACACAUUAGGAAGGUAAGGAGUUCAAAAUGUAAGUGCCAAGGAAGCAAUCUUAUUUAAUCUAGAUUUCAUGCUAUUAAUUUACAAGAAAACUGCUUUGCAGUGGCUAUUAAACCAUUGAGUUGCAGCUGCAGAAUGAAGGGAAGAGGUAACGUGGCUGCCCCACAUUUGGAGUGCAACUUGUGGCCAUCGGUGGUUUUGCGAUUCGUUUGCAAAGUGUGUGUGCACGUGCAAAGAGGAGCACAUUCCAACCUGAUGCGCUGCACUUGUGCCACGAGAGCACAGAGAACCAGAUCCGCACCUGUGGCAGAACAGGGGCACAGGCUGCAGCCACGGGCAGAGACCCGGGGAGGCCAACAGCCGCGGUGCCUACGGACGGCCCGGCCCUGUCCACGGGCAGCCAGGCGCCAUCGCGCCCUGCGGGCAGCGUGGGAGCACGGCGCUGCUGGGUGCCGCGGUGUGUGCAGAGCCGCAUCGCCUGGGUGCCCGCAGCACCGUCCGCAGUGACAGGCCGCAGCUGCUCAGCCGAGUGCGGGAGCUCAGCGUGGAGCCCGCAGCGAGCUGCCGGGAUCGGUGCGGAGCGGGGCGGCGGCAGGAAUUUAGAGCGGUUUCUUCAAGAUGAACUGAAAUUUUUCGUUCCUUGGCAUGGAGCAGCAUUAAGGUCAGAGCCGCAGCUGCUGUUCUGCAGCUGGUAAUCAGGACGGAUUCCGAACGAACGCACCGGUUUAAAAAUCAAGGUGUUUCAGGGGUGCGCGUGCUUUGCGAUUAGAACUCGGCAUCGUCCCAAGCCAGCGCCCGGAGCAGCGUACGCGGAGCAGCACACGCGGGCACCGCAGCACGCGGCUGCUUUGGGGGCCGCACCCGCAGCCCCGCGCCCCGCCCCGCGCCGCCCGCCCUCUGGCGCCCCCUGCUGGCGGUCAGGAGCCCCGCGCCGCGCAGCGCCCUCUGCCGGCGGAGCCGCGACGUCUCGCGGAAGAUGAGCGAUUCCUGCGCGGGGCGCUGCUCAGCGCCGCUCUCGGGUGCGCGGUGGCCCGGGUACCUCCUGGCUUCAAACAGAGCCCUGUGGCUGUCGCUCUUGGGACUGACUGUUGUUCGGUGAGAAACCUGCCAGAAAGAUGAAAUUAAGCUGAGAUGAUGCGUGUUUUUUAAAAAGCAGUCAUCCCUCCCUCUGGCAGUUCUCAGCGUGCCAACGUCUGUAUUGGAUGGAGCAAAUGGCGCAGGGACAGCCGGAAGGAGCGGCUCGGUGGCACAAAGCACUGCAGCUACGCACUGCGCUGGGUGAGUGCAAACACUGUUCACGGCGCCGCAUUUUAAUGAUCCGGGACAAAUGCUAAAGAUCUUUGAAAAGCACGGAAGAAUGUGUACACAAAGGAAAGUCGUGCUGUUUAGAUAGGCACGCCCUGACCUUCACCGCCACUGCCAGCCCAGCUGGGCUCCCACAGCCACGGCUGCACGGAGGCGCUGGGCCUGCUGCAGGGGCUGAGGCCGCGCAGGGUGGGGAUGCUGGCCGGUUUGCCGUGUUAUACACAGGUUGUAGCUGCUGAGCCGCAGGACGGUGGCAAAACUCGGGUAGGAAGUGCAGGGUUUCAUCAGGCCUGCAGCACGUGGCAGGAGGCAGCGGGUGAGCGGUCUCUGCCGCGGGGCACGCAGCGAUGAGAACUGCGUGUGCCAGCUGGAACGGAGCGAGGCUCCCACUGCGAGGUCAUCGUCUGGCUGAGAGCUGAAUAAAAGCUUCUAAAAAUACAGAGAGAAUGUGCAAAAUGAGAAAAUGGCUGAUAGAAUGGAGCGCAUCGCUCUAAAACAAGACAAAACAUUUUAUUUCUGGAGUUUGAGCGAUGUCGGUGUGUUUACUCAGAGGGAGGUGAGAUCAAGUUGCUGGGAUGCAAGGAAAAUGGGGAAAAUUUCACUUUCUUUUGCUGUCUGUGUUUACAGAGCUGCUGUACUCUGGACUCACAAAAGCCACAGCACCAUCCUCUUAGUACCUCUCCCCCAGACAUUUACCCAGACUGCUCUGCCUCUUUCAGAGGAGAAAGAGCACAGUUUUCAUGCAUAUUCUCUGCGCUUCAGAAUGGGGCCUGCGCUUUGCCCACGCCGGCUCCAGCACGUGCAGGCUCCUGCAGGUUUGGGAACUGCACAGCUGUUCAUUGCUGUCGCGGAGCAAUGCCUAAAGCCCUUCAAAAAGCAAAGCUCCCAGCACCUUUGCUGCCUGUUUGGAUACCUCCAUUUCCAGCUGCUGGUGACACGUUUCCCGUGGGCUGCUCAGACACGAGGUGCCCCUUGGUGUGAGGAGCUCUGUGCAGCUGGUAUGCGCUGCCCGGACCUGCAGCGAGGACCAACACUUCCCCCAGCACGGGGCGGCCUGCAGAGACAUGGCAGCACUCCGAGGCGUGGAGGAAAGGUUGGCCUGGGGAGAUCCAUCAGCAGCAAUAGCAUGUUCAUCACUCAGCAGGUUUUAAUAACUGUAAUCACUGUUAGCAUGUUGUGCUGAAGACCAAAGCUAAUGAAGUCUCCACGCACACAGGGCAUGAAGUGCUCCAGACCCAAGCACUGUGUAGGGACGCAGGGGCUGCCGACCUCUGCUCUGCUCCUGCUGCUUUCCCCAGGGCACAAAGUGGCAGUGAGCAGCAUCAGUAAAAUGCCGAGACUGGAAGCGGUGCCUGCAGCUGUGCCUGCUGCUCAGCACGUUUUCCACGCACAACUCCACCAAAGCUUCUGGGAGCGGCAUACAGUCCGGAGCAGUUUCUGGAAGCAGAGGCAAAGCUGUAUUUCGUGCUGCCGUGUCUUCACCAUUAUUUGCUCAGCUCUGUGAAGCAGGAGCAGCAACACACCUCUCAGGGGACCUCCUUGUUUUCCUCUCCAGGCAUGAGUCUGGCAGCCACAGGGCAGCACAGAGCAUUAAAAAUGAGCUUCUGCAGGAGGAUGAGAGGCUGGGAGCCUGCUAAUUAUACCUCUGUCCGGAAGCCCACCCGCAGCCUGAAGCCAGAUCACACCGUGUGCCUGAGGACGAGCACCUCGUGCUGCACGGCCCCUGCUCUGCUCACACACCGCAGCUCAGGUUCCAAUAGCCGUGUCCUCUUUGGGGAAACAGAAAUGAACUUCAAAGCUUUGACAGCGGAGUGGCGAGCUUUAAAUCCGUGGCUGCUUGUGCUGCUGGGAUCGCUUCUGGGAAGGAGCUUUGCCCACUGCUUGAGUCCGUUCCUCCAUCUGAAUGGCACAGCAGUCCUUUUCUGCUCACUGCAUCUUCUAUUUAAAAGCAUAAAAGCACGUGUAUUAUCUUACCUUCCUGUGGCACGUGGAACUGCAGAGUUUUAACGAAAUUCCAUGUCAGAUGAAAAAGAGAAACGUAGCCACAUGCUUACAGCUGAUUGUACAUUAUGAGGCUGGGACUUUCACAGGGUGUAUUCAGCUCUGAUGACAGCUUCACAUGUACCCAGUGGGGCUCCCGCUGGCUCUCAGGAGCUCUGCAGCCACGUGUGCAGCACGGCUGGUGCCCGGCUGCCAUCCUGGGUGAGCGUUUUUUUCCAGAUUUAACUCUUCUUUAUCAAGUGUAAACUACAGUCCAUUUCCACCCUCUCCGGUGGCCCUGCAGCUGCCAGCGUUAUCUCAAACACCUGCAGAAUGCCUUCUUUGGAAGCCGGUGUUAAGUGAUGCUGGAAACAAACAGCCUCGUGCAAGGUCUGGGGCUGAUUUAACAGCUCAAACUGCAGAAGCUACGGCACACCCAGAGGGCAAAGGGAUUUGCCAGGGGCAGCCUCUGCAGGAGCAGCAUUUCCUUCCUUCCUUAUGCGGCACAUUGCGAGUCUUUGUGAGCAGGCGCAGGUGAAUGGGAUUCCUGUUAUACCACAAAUAAUGCAGAAGUUGUAAAUGGCUCAUGAUGUGAACGUGCUGCACCAUGCUGCUUAGGGAACAGCCUUCCAGGAAGGUCUGCUUAAACAGAGCUGUAAUUGUUGAAAUAACGCUGCCCAUCAGAGACCAAUUUAGCAGGUUAACUAUAGCAGGAAAACUGGGAUUCUGGCUGGCGAUGGAGCACGAACACGCUGCCCACAGGUGGAAGCAGCCAGCAUGUUCCUCAGUGCUUCUGCCAAACAAAAUGAGCAGCAGUGGCAAGAAACACGAUCUCCUCUGGGGAGGAAGCAGGAGGCGUGCUCCCAUUGCUCAGCAGAUUUGAAAGAGCAGCAGAGAUCAAUGCUGGCUCGCCUGUCACAUUGUAUGUCAUUGCAGGCCCGUGUUUCAAGGACCUGGAGCUUUUUUGCUGAUGGAACCCUGCCCAUAAAACAGCGCAGAUCACUUUCUCUGGUGCCCGCUCCCUUCUCCAAAGUGAUUCCCCUGAUGCUUCCAACCACAUGCUGUGGGAGCACAGCCUGACACCUGAUGCCAGCACCUGCUCACCAGGUAAACUGACUAACAGCUGCUUCUGUUAAUUAUGAAUAACGUAAUGACAUAAAAGAGCUGCGCGUAUGAUGAAAAUCUUCCCCAUAGAAACAGCUCAAUCCCACAUAAAACUAUCCAGCGUUAUCACGUUGGGCUUGGAACUCACAGAACCUGGGCUCAAGCGUUUUGCCACCAAGCUCCUCUGUAGCUGUAAGUUGCUCAUUUACGUUGCUACCUGUUGCUCACCUGCUGAGUUGCAGAAGGUGCUCCCCGGCCCCGCACCAUGCCUGCAGCAGCAGGAGGGUUGCUGCGUGCGGUGGCUGUGAGCUGAGGGUCAGGAUGCAGUCACAGUGCACUUCGGUAGCACGGUGCCAAAGCCGACAUCUGCUCCCCAGCGCAGUGCCCAAGGCAACGAAACCAGCAGGGACUCGGCCCCGGGAGCCCCUUUUCCUCCUGUGAGGCAGCAGUGCCCGGAGCCCAGCAGCUCGCAGCCCCCGGGGCUCCUCCUGCUUCUCACAGUGUGGCUUCCUCCUGGCCGAUGUGGCAAUCGCUCGCACACAGCGCAGCAGGGUUUGGACGGAGCUACGUGCUUGUAUCCGAUCUGUGUCAUCCUUGUUGACUCCCCCAGUUUUUAUCACGCCGUUGACUUUUCAUUUAGUCCCUUCUCGCAACCAGUCGGUCUGGAAACAUCUGUCUAAAAAAAUCACCCCCACUCUCUGUUGUAUGUGACUUUUUCCAUUCGCCAUCAUGUUAUUUCUCAUCUCCGUGAUUACAAAACCCGGGCGUUUACCAGCACCACAUGCUCAAAAAGACAUGGAUCUACAUUUUUCAGAUUCUUUCUGUGAAAUAUGACCCUGUUUCCAGACAGGAUGCAAUGCUGGCAGAAGUGCAGAUUUCUCACAUGAGGAACAGAGCAUGCAGGUUUCAGGGCCGCCAAAGCACCGCGCACCCGCAGAGCUUCACAUGCCUCUGGGGAACAGAGACCUGCCAGAGCCCAUGGAUAACCUGAUCCCGAGUCAGGAGCACACAAGGUGGCUGGAGAGGCUGUAAAAGUAACUCCUAUGCAGCCAGAUUCCAUGCAGUGAAUUCUCACGGCCCACACAGAGCUGUUUCCCAGUGACUUCUGUGCAGCCACAGGCAGCCAACAAGUUGCUGCACGCCACUGCACUGCUGUACACCGCUGCACGCUGCUGCAUGCCAUUGCACUCUGCUGUAUGCUGUUGAAUGCUGCUGCAUGCUGGUGCAUGCCAGUGCAUGAUGCUGUGCACUGCUGCAUGCUGUUGUACACUGGUACACACCACUGCACACCGCUGCACACUGCUGCAUGGCUUCAGAACCAGGAACCAGCUGCAGAGCUCACAUCACUGCUGCAAAGCCAGCGUGGUGCCGGAGCUGGGGCAUGGUGUGCAGGACUGAGCCCCCACAGACCACGUUUCACUGACUCACAUGGUAACGUUUUUCUCUUUUACAUUUCCAGUAACAUUGCAACACUCUUCACAGAAUACUGCUUAAGGUCAUACCCUUGGCAGUUUGGUACUAAAACCUCACAACUGUAAUUUUCCACUACUAAGGGCAAAGCGAUUUGGGAAAGGCUGCGAUGCAGGCAGGGAAAGGGCUGGGAGCACGCAGAUGCUUACGUGUGGGAAGCACCACUCCAAGCACACGGGAACCACUCGGUGUCAGUGCACAGCAGGCAGCGCCCGCAGACAGCCUGGUACCCAAGCAGGGCACUGCCAGCGCAUAAAGAAAACUCCGGAGAAUGUUUCUGCCUUGGGAUGUACCUCUGAAUGGAAAAAGUGUUCCAGAAGUUGGCUUCAGACCCUCAUCCUUCUUCAGGUGCUGUAAUACAAUUUUAUGAGGUUCCUGGGCAAAGUGCUAGUGAGUCCUGGUCACUGCACCAUUCCAGCUGGGCCGUUCAGACCAUGCCCCGCUCCUCCACAGCCCGGGCCGCAGCAGUGGAUCUGUUCCUGGCAGGCGCUGGGGACGUGCGCUGCGCGUGGCUCCGUGCUGGCCCUGCUCGGGUGCCUCUCGCUGCAGCCCCGGGUCCCCAUCACCCGGCAGACCGCGCGCUAUCACCACGGGCUGUAACUUCUAUCAUCACAUCAACAGGAUUUUCUGGUAAUAGGAAAAUGAAACGUGCCUUUCUGACUCCAUUUUGCAAAAGAUAAAGAACUAAGAGUAUGCGUGACAUGACGAAACCUCAAUCUAACCUUCUCCUUGGGAUUAUUAAUAGUAAAUGCAUAUCAGGUGGUUUCACAACGACCUUGAGAGCAAGCGACAAAUCUCAUCUACCAGGGCGCAGCUCCCCAGGCAUUUUAGAACAGGAAAUCCUUAUUUCUAUUAAAUUAUGGGGGGGGGGAAAAAGCACUAUCCUGUGCAUGCAAAGUUUUUUCCAGCGUCACAAAGCGCAGAAAUGCCCGCUGCUCUCGGUGGCUUACCUGUAAGGGCUGUAUUUACUGUGGGCAAAUGAAGAAGAAAUAAAAUUCAACUUCGACCUCCUUUCAAUUUGCAAGUUAUGAAAAAUGCUUCUGGAAGGGAGCUAAUAAACGUGAUGGAUGUG